CAUUUAUGUACUUAAAACGGAGGAUAAUUCCAAGGUAGUUCAAAACUUGUUUGUAUUAUUUUGACAUUUUACGAUUUGCGCUUAACGUAUAGUGAUGCCUCUAAUAUUAACUCCUGUAUAUAUGUUUGGAAGUUUUAAAUGGAAAAUAUUUAUCAAAAUUAUAAUUCUCCAAGUUUUAACUUAUAUUUUGGUUAAACUCGCAGUUUAUAUAUUUUAUGAGAAGGUAUAUAUACGUCCUGUUAUAGUUUGGUGGACUCCUUUUAUGCCUAAGGAAAUGAGAAAAAUAAAUUGUCAACAUGAAUAUGAAUGUUUAGUGCUUAGUAGAUAUGAAAACUCUCCUCAAGAUUUAGUAAAGGCCUAUUUAUUCUAUGGUAGUCAGAUUAAAAAUGAUGACUUUCCAUUACCGAGAUCGAAGGACGUUUUAUGGGCAAUUUAUCAUGAAGAAUCUCCCAAAAAUUAUGCUCCAUUUCUUCACAAAGAAGUGCAAGCAUUAUUCAAUAUUACAGCCACUUUUAGCAGAUUUAGCGACUUUCCUUUAACUCUUAAUUAUCUAGAUAAUAUAAAUUUAUUAACAGAUAAAAAUUUUUUUAGAUCUGUUGAGGUGAAAAAUUUACUUUUGAAAAAUUUUGCUCCAGUUUUGUAUGUUCAGUCCAACUGUGAUACUCCCAUUGGUCGAGAUGGAAUUGUAAAGGAAUUAAUGCAGUAUAUUAAUGUUGAUAGCUAUGGACAUUGCUUAAAUAACAAGAACUUGCCUGAUGAACUUUUAAGUGUUGACAGGCUUGAUAUUUAUAAUAACAAAUAUAUAGACUUUGUUUCAAAAUAUAAAUUUAUAAUUGCUAUUGAAAAUGCAAUUUGUGAAGAUUAUAUCACAGAAAAAUUGUGGAGACCCUUGAUAGCUGGCUCGGUUCCAAUUUAUUUAGGUUCUGAUCAAGUGGAGGACUGGUUACCAAAUAAUUCUUCAACAAUAUUGGUAAAAGAUUUUCCCAACAUAAGCUCCUUAGCUAAUUUCAUUGCUAAAGUUAAUGACAAUAACACUCUUUAUAAUGCACUUUUAGAACACAAGAUAAAUGGAAAAAUAACUAACAAUUUUUUAAAAAACAAUAUUAUAUUAGAUUCUAGUAAUAGCCAUCAUUCUAUUACAAACUUUGAAUGCUUCAUAUGCAAAACAAUUCAUGAAAUGAUAAGAGAGACCAAUAAGAAUCCACAAAAACAAAGAAAGCAAAAUAUAUACAAGUGUGAUAGACCUAGUGGAAAGAUGAACACUUGGGAUCAACAUUGGGACAUUGGAAAGUGUCAAGCAAAAGCUUUGAAAUUUUUUCUAGACAAGAAUGUUCCAUAUUCUUCAGAUGAAUUUGAUGCCCAAUGGAAACUCUUUUGGAACCAGGGCAAUUGCUAAAUUUUGCAUUCAACUGCGUUCAACUGUGCUGGAUGUACCAUGUAGCUACUAGAUAAUUGUUAAAGGCUGAUACUUGAUAUGCACAUGCGCGAGUCAUUUUAAACCUGGUUGCAAUAAAUAAAACAUUGCUGUGGCCACAGUUCAUAGUUUUUAGUUUACCAGGGAAAUUUUGUCAGCUGUAUAUUUUCAAAAUAUACCUGUAGAGUAUAAAUUUUAUCAUAUUUACAGCCCCCAUAUUAUCGAUUAGCUAAAUGAGUACAGUUAUUAAAAAUUGAGUGGUAUGUUUUGGCGAUCACACUUAGUUAAACUAAACGCAGUUUGGUAUGAAGGAUAUUUAGGUAUCUUGGAAGAUAUUUUCUGUCAACAAAACAACAUUUUUCAUUUUGUUAAAAUUAAAAAAUUUUCAUUCGCAAUAAAUAUUGCCGCAAUCUAAUUACCAUUCCAUAAGUAUCAUUUAUUAUUAAGUAUGGAAUUCCGCAGAGCCCAUUACUUUUUGGAUCUAUUAAAAUAUACUUUUGAAAUGAUGGCUUUUGUCUUUGUUUAAUCUCCUAUUUAAGUUUUUGCUUUUUUUGCGAUUUUAAAAGAUUUCUGCGACCAUUGGUAAUAAUUGUUUUAAGAUUUUUGGCCAUCUGCUUAUACUGCUCCCCGUUACAAGAGAUUUUCU